CCACGUCGACCUGCACUCUCGCCAUAUUUUCAAUCGUGUGAAUCCCGUAGCCCGGUUUGCCACUAAGUUGGGGAGGUGACGCGUUCACUCAAGAGAGCAAUAAGUGCGAAACGAUCUACUUUAAAGGGAAAAAGGGACUUUCUCGUUAGCUUCCCGGUUGUGUGUGUUAUUUUAUUCUGCAACAAUGAACAUUUUCAGGCUGACAGGAGACCUCUCUCAUCUGGCUGCUAUCAUCAUCCUGCUACUCAAAAUAUGGAAAAGCAGAUCAUGUGCAGGUAUCUCUGGAAAGAGCCAAAUCCUGUUUGCCAUAGUGUUCACCACACGCUACUUGGAUCUGUUCUCCUCAUUCAUCUCACUGUACAACACAAGCAUGAAGGUGAUCUACAUGGGUUGUGCAUAUGCCACAAUCUACCUGAUCUACGUGAAGUUCAGGGCCACCUAUGAUGGCAACCAUGACAGUUUCAGAGUGGAGUUCCUGGUUGUCCCUGUUGGGGGUCUUGCUGUUCUCAUCAACCAUGACUUUUCUUUCCUAGAGAUUCUGUGGACGUUCUCCAUCUACCUGGAGUCAGUGGCCAUCCUGCCUCAACUAUUCAUGAUCAGCAAGACUGGCGAGGCAGAGACGAUCACCACUCACUACUUGUUUUGCCUGGGCCUGUAUCGAGCCCUGUAUCUCUUCAACUGGAUCUGGCGUUACUACUUUGAAGGUUUCUUUGACAUGAUCGCCAUUGUGGCUGGUGUGGUCCAGACUGUGCUCUACUGUGACUUCUUCUACCUUUAUGUCACCAAAGUGUUGAAAGGCAAGAAGCUGAGCCUGCCAGCAUAAAGCGUACAGGAGACGGCGACUCCCAGCAGACUCAGGGGGUGUGGAGAUGGCAUCAUGGAAUUUCGUGACCUACAGCUAAAGAUGCCUGAGACAGAGAGCCAACUAUGGUGGGGAAAAACACUAGUCGUCUUGAUGACCGCUAAUGGAACUGGUAAAUGCCAACCAACACCAGAGCUGAACAAAGAUCAACCCAGGUCAACCUUUGGAUUUCUGUGUUCAGCAUCUUGCCUUAAACUUCUUUUCAUUGAUGUUCAAAUAGGAGAAAAGGCUUUUUUUUUCUACAUGUGAGGUGUAUACGCUUAUUUUUUAUGUUUUUUAAAAUGUCACAAAUGGGGUCGACUCUGAGAAGUACCUUGUUUGGCUUAGUAAUGAAAUGCACAAAAUGUACAGUCUUAUUAAAGAGUGAGAUAAAGAGUAAUGUAUCUGAGUGCCUGGUGAGGAUUAUGCCUACUUUCUCAGUAUUUUUUUUUUAACUUUUGAAUUUAAAUUUUUUUUUUGUCUACAUAACUGUAUGCAUAUACUUGGAAACAUUUAAGGUGGCCAACAACAAGAGUUUCACGCCAACACGCCUCCAUUUUGUAAACGCAUUGCUUUCAAGAAUUGCUCUAAACACCAUUUUAACUGGUUACUCGUUUAAAAAUCAGUUUGUCUUUGUAAGCAGAAGUCAUAAGAAGACUUGUACUUCCAAGUUUAAGAGGUAACUCUUAAAAUAAUCUUUAAUGUGCUCAUCGUAGAGAUCAGUAUUUUCAAAUGGUGUCUCACUUUUUCACCCUCAGUUCACUUUCUUAUAAUCUUAAAAUAAUAUUUACUGCACCCCAGGAACAAGCUCAUGAACACCUUCCAGCAGUGACUUAUCUUGUCAGUCAUAUCACAGCUCAAACCAAUAAAAUCAGUAGCAAGCAAUAAUGAACGACUCAUCGAUAAAGGCACUCGUCAUGCCGGGACCUGAGAAGUGUGCAGAUGUUUGGCAUGAGCAUCCUCCAAUACUUUGACUGGUUGUGAUAUUUUAAUUGUUAACCGUAUGUCUGGAGUGUGCAAAACAGACUUAACAUUAUGCUGCUCAGUAACCGAGUAAGCCUGAUCUUGGUGCGCAGUGGGUGCAUUUCUAUUAAAUUCAAAGUCCUGUUGUUACCUUCAACUUUUUCAGAUCAGUAAUUCCUAAAGGAUUACUUCAACUCUUUUGUCUUUUUUUUUUUGUUUGCAUGAUAUCACCUCCAUUAAACAUUUUAUGAGAAUCACA